AAACUUGUUAACUUCUGGGUUCAUAACCUAGUGUUCGAACACACCCGAAUAUAUCUUUUCUUGUGCUUUCGUCUUCCGAACCACGGAUUUAUUAGUCAGAUGAAAAGCAACUACUGUCAAGAAACUCAAUAAUGAUUUCACUUUGCCAAAAUCUACACUAUCCCGUUGUGAUUGUAUUUGCAUAUCAAAAUUGAUUAAUGGAUAUGUGGAAAAUAAACAACGUAAAGAAGAUAAUGUUCACAGAAAAAAAAAAGAAAAAAAAGAUACAUAAAUAAAAAUCCUUAACCAACGAAGUGAUAUCAAGAAAAAAUGGACAAAAUCAAAAUAAUACUUAAUUUCUCAAAUAAAAUUUUAACUGAGAAACAAAAGCAUGUACUAUCCUAAGGCUUGGGCUAUUGUAUACCACAAAAUGAAUUUGCUUUUCAUUGAUUUUACUUGUAAUUUGAAAACUUUGUGGUAUCAUACAGAAUUGUGAUAUCUACAACAACGUCAGCUAUGUCACAAACACCCCUGCGAACAACGUUUUCCGAAAAUUCUUGCACCAGAGAAAAGCUUAUACGAAUUCCCUUGAACAUCAGUGUAGUAGUGUGUUUGUAACGCCCUGGCGACUUCUACCUCAAGUCCGUGUAUCCGGCCCACUGUAAGGGGUUCAUCAUGAAUGUUGCACAAACGAAUUAGAAAUCUCAUGGCCGGUUUGUUAAAAUUGCGCGAGGUCCGACCCAGUGAGCAUUCAUCAAACGCACGCACACACACACACGCAGACACGCACACACACACACACACACACACACACACACACACACACACACACACACACACACACACACACACACACACAUACAUAUCCAUACAUACCGUAAAAUGGGUGAAUACAUGACCCAGAUUUCGAAACAAAAGUCACAUAUAUUCCGAGAUCGUAAAGAAAAAGAAGAAAAAAAAAACGUAAGCGCAGAUGUCGACGCACUUGUUUUCCCACAAUGCUUCGCGCGUCGUCUGCUAGCGUCGUCUGCUUCUCCCGAAGGCCUUUCACGUGGACGGCGCAUUCAGGUUCCCCGUAAAAAUGGCGAUUUGUAGAUCUGUGGGGGCGUUUGGGUGCUCUAACCUUUGCCGCAAUGAAAAGGAAGGGGAAGAUAAGAUGCUAAGGUUUUCCCAUAAACAAGGAAAAGUUCGUAAAAGAGUGAUUUACUGACAAAAAAGAAGGUAAACAGAUCUCAGCAUUCGGAGAGAGUGUGUCUACAUCACUUAGGAAAGUUAAUUGGAUCAGGUCAUACUCUUAAGCCCCACCUAUUGAGCUUUUCGAUUGGUUGCAUCCCUAAGCUCCGCCUUUGACUCCACCCCUAACCCCUCCCACAAUUCAUGUCUGCCUGGCCGAAGGGGUACCAGGCGGUGAAACGGGUCAGUCAGACUUGGACUGUCGACAACAUAGCAUUAACUUGCUGACAGCAGUCUUUCCACAGGAGGCGAAGCAGGAGCAGGAGAUGGCGGGUCUCGUGUCAGCAGGCAGCGCCCUCCUCCUGCUGAUGGCGUUGUCGACCGCCCCCGCAACGGAAGCCAAUGACCUCGACCGCUGUUACUGCGUCUCGGAAUUCAACGAAACUCUGCGGGCCAAAAUCGCCGCCUUCGACCCGCCCCCGAGCCCGCCCGCGAACCAGUACGUGGGCGUGGAGCCGAAAGCCGACGACGUGUUCCAGUCCUGUUUCUGUCAGGAUGUGACCCGCGUCCAGCUGGUAGUGUCCGUGACCUCGAGCGAUUGGGUGACGCUCGCAGGGACCGCGGAAAACCAGGUCACACUCGCCAACAACAUCUCGGACACGUUGGAGUCAUACCUUCCGACUCUGCGAAGUGUCUCAGAACUUCAGUACACACUCGAUAGGUUCAGCAGCGUGACCUACAAAGACACCACGAAUACGGAGGUCAACUUCGACGUAGAAGUGUUACUGAGAGGUCACCGUGACCAAUCUGUGGCGGAUAAGCUGAUGGCGGCCGUGCGCGACGAGCUGACCAAGGACGACCUGGCCUUCAAAACGGACGCCAUGGUUCCUAUGCACUGAGCACCACCCGGGACG